UGAAUACUCUUGUGGAGAUGAAGACCAUACUUUCUUCAGAGACGAUGGACAUCCCUGAUAGUGUUAGCAUCAAGGUGAAGGCCAAGAUGAUCAAGGUGGAAGGCCCAAGGAGCAAGCUUAGUCGUAACUUCAAACACCUCAACCUCGACUUCCAUCUCAUCAAAGACAAUGAAACCGGCAAACGCAAGCUCAGGAUCGAGUCCUGGUUCGGCUCCAGGAAGACCAGUGUUGCCAUUCACACCAAUCUCAGCCACAUCGAGAAUCUCAUCACCGGUGUAACCAAGGGUUAUCAUUGUAAGAUGAGGUUCGUCUAUGCCCACUUUCCCAUAAAUGCCUCCAUUACAAACGACAACAAGUCCAUCGAGAUCCGUAAUUUCCUUGGCGAGAAGAAAGUGCGAAAGGUGGAUAUGCUGGAAGGGGUAUCCAUUGCUCGAUCUGAGAAGGUGAAGGAUGAGAUUGUUUUGGAUGGUAAUUAUGUUGAACUUGUGUCUCGAUCUGCAGCUUUGAUAAACCAGAUCUUAAGCCUGAUCCUCUCGCUUCUCUGUACCUACGUGUAA